CGGCAUUCCACGUUGUGCCGCGCUCGCUGUCGAACGCCUACUAAUACCCACCCGAAAGGUUUCCUUCGAGCAAGUCGUCGCAAAUCAAAUAAAGAAAUAUGUCUAUCUCUGCGUUUAGACGUAAGAAGCUGCUCUAUGUCUUCAAUGUAUUCUUUGAUGUCAAUCAAAGCGGUACCAUUGAAAGGAAAGAUUUCGAGCUAGCUAUCGAGAAAAUAUGCAGCCUUCGAGGCUGGAAGCCCGGAGAUGCGAAGAAUACCGAGACACACGAGAUCAUGAUUAAGAUCUGGGAUGGACUGAGGAAGAGAGCUGAUUCCAAUAAGGAUGGACAGGUAUCAGUUGAGGAAUGGGUGUCAAUGUGGAAUGAUUAUGCACAAAAUCCUUCAGCUGCUUUAAAAUGGCAGCAGUUGUACUGCCAGUUCAUGUUCCAACUCGAGGAUGCCAGCGCCGAUGGCACCAUCGAUUGUGACGAAUUCACAACCGUUUGCUCCUCCUAUGGCAUCGAUCCUCAAGAAUGCAAGGUGGCCUUCGGUCAGAUGGCCAAGGGUAAGGCGAGCGUUUCCUGGGAAGAAUUCCAGGAGUUGUGGAAGGAGUACUUCUCCACCGAAGAUCCUAAUGCGGCUGGCAACUAUAUAUUUGGAAGAACAAGCUUCUAAAUUCAGUCCCUAUUGACAAUGCCCAAAAUUUAAAGGGCAAAGUACAUUCCAUCAACACGAGUCUUGGCAUCAAGGUUUAACACACGAAACGAAAAAUCGCUGCGUUUAAAUUUAACGCAAAACUCCUAAUUAAAUCGACGAGAAAUCAAAUUAAUCGUGUGAUAGGCCUCACGUCAACGUCACAUUAAUCUAAUUUUGGGUGUGUGUUCAAGAUGUAAUAGUAAUUUUGUCAUUAAUAGAAUCAUAUGAAUAUUCGAUUUCCAUAUUGAAGCUCAAAGUUUAGAAAUUUUCGACUCUUAGAGUGUAUGCUAUGAAAUCUUUUCACUAUCGAGUUUCUUAUUAUAGCAUAUCUUGUAGUCAUAUCUAGAUAAAAUAAUCAAAUCGUAUUUAAUAUUGUGUUUUGGACUUCUUGUUACGUAAUGUUUUGCCUUUAAAUGUGUGUACCCCUCCUUUCUCAGUUUAGAAGUAAUGUUUAACGUUUUAAAGAUUUAUUUUACGACUAACAUGAAAGCACUGCCGUCUGCCGCCACUUUUCGGUUUCACUUGUGUGAAACACUCUUAAAAUCUAGUCGUUCGAAUUUUAAUUCUUUCGUGUUUUAUAUUAAUGUUGAUAUUGUUGUAAUUAUUAAUACACUUUGUUGUCGUUCCUUCGUUUUGUUUUAUUUAUUCAAACGUUUAAUAUUGUUGCGACUUCAUGGUUUUAUGUAUAUAUAUAUAUUGUA